AUGUCGUCUACCACCGAGCCUGCCCACUCUCUCCCCACCUAUUUCAUUGGUCAUGCCGGUGUGGGACUUCUCUUUGAUGAUAGACCUCGAAACGAAAUUGUGCAAGCGAACUUGAGGAAUAUUGGGGAAGAGAUCCUUUCUUUGUCACCGCGUCCCAAAGCGGUUGUUGUCUUUAGCGGUCACUUUGAAGCGGACGAGAUCCAUGGGCCAGGGCACGACUUUGUCAACGACUUCCAUGACUCUAAGCCGUUCGUCUAUGAAUACAACUGGCCGCAUCAAGACGCGCCGGAGCUAGCGGCACAACUGUGGGAACAUCUACGCAAGGCAGGAGUUAAGGCCAAACGAGUGGAGCGGGGAGUGGAUCAUGGUGUCUGGGUGCCGUUCAAGGUUAUGUUUCCCAAUGAGAAACCGCUGGACAUACCCGUAAUCCAAAUCUCUACAUUCCAUGGGACCAAUCUCGAGAGCCAGAUCCGUCUGGGUCAGGCCUUGCAGUCGCUACGACAUGAAGGUUAUCUCAUUAUAGGUUCAGGCAUGGCUGUUCACUCGUUCGCAUCGAUCGAGGAGAUUGUAGAUGCCCCAACAGAGGAGAGGGAAGCCACCCGGGCUAAGGUCCUUACCGAGUCGCGAGCGUUUGAUACCCAUCUGAGAGCAGCAGUGACAAAAAGGGAUGCAAAGGAGAGAAAUCAAGCCCUGCUAAACUUAGAGACCCUGUACGAGUUCAAGCGCUCCCAUCCGACUGUUGAGCAUUUUACACCACUUCUGGUGGCUGCAGCCGCGGCUGGAGAUGCAGAUGUAGAAGCCCUAGGCGUGGACUUAGUCGACCCAGGCUUCUCUUAUCUCAAUCUACGUUUUGUUUAG